AUGGCGGCGAGCAUCGGUGCCUGGCUCGUCCCCGUCGUCGUCCUCGCGAUCUUCUACUUGGUCCUCUUCCCCAACGACCUGAGCCAGCUCCAGUCGGCGCUUGCCCCAUGCUCCGACGGGUCGCCGGUGGCGACGGCGGCGAGCGAGCUGACGAAGACGGCGGCAGCGGCGGAGGACGUCGACUUCCGCGUGUUCUUCGGCGUGGUGACCCGCGCCGACUUCUACGAGCGGCGCGCGCUGCUGCGCAUGGCCUACGCGCUCCAGCCGCGGCCGCGGCGCGCCGUGAUCGACGUCCGGUUCGUGAUGUGCCGCCUGGACAAGGAGGAGGACGCGGUGCUGGUGGCGCUGGAGAUCAUCACCCACGGCGACAUCCUGGUGCUCAACUGCACGGAGAACAUGAACGACGGCAAGACGUACGAGUACUUCUCGUCGCUGCCGCGCCUCUUCGCCGGCGAGCCGUACGACUACGCCGGCAAGAUCGACGACGAUACGUACUACCGGCUGGAGGCGCUUGCCGACACGCUGCGCGGCAAGGCGCGGCGCGACAUGUGGCACGGGUUCCUGAACCCGUGCCACGUCAGCCCGGAGCGGCAGUACAUGUCCGGCAUGGGGUACAUCGUGUCGUGGGACGUGGCGGAGUGGAUCGCGGCGUCGCCGGAGCUGAGGGAGGACCACGAGGGCCACGAGGACAAGGCGUUCGGGCGGUGGCUGCGCCGGGGCGGCAGGGGCAAGAACGUCUACGGCGAGGAGCCGCGGAUGUACGACUACCUGGACCGGGAGAUGUACGCCGACGUCAACUGCUUCCGCCACGAGCUCGUGCCGGACACGGUGGCGGUGCACAAGCUCAAGGACCGCCUCAAGUGGGCCCGCACGCUCAGGUUCUUCAACGCCACCGACGCCCUCAAGCCUUCCAAGAUGUACCACGUAGACCUCACACCUAAAAUCUAA